ACUUUCAGUUGACGUCGAGAGCUCACCGGGGCAGCAAGUGCAUCGCGCGAUGUUUUUAUUCACCUCGACGAUCGACGAAAGCACACGCGGAAUCGAGUUUGAAUUAUUUCGCGCGCUUCGCUACGAACUUAAAAAGCUCGCGUGCCAUUAAACCGACGUUCUACCCGCGCGCACGAUCCGAACGAGAUUUUCUGUUUAUUUAUUUAUUUUUUUUUUCGAAUUUUUCAUCUCACGGAAGCAUCGCUUCGUCAAAUUUCAUAACGAGUAUACACGCGCGCACUUCUGCAUACGGCAGACAGUGGAUCAAGAUUACAAAAAUAUAUAUCUAUGUGUAGCAUUGUUACGACAUCGCGUCAAGUUCCCACCUGUGAAAGUGUGUACCUGACUCAGCUGUACGAACCACGACUUGUUUCACAUUAGGAGAAACUGUUCUUACAAUUAGACCGAAUGAAACGAUUUUCUGGGUUUGAAUAUCCUGGAAGUUGACGGCCGCCAACGAAUCAACGAACUAAUUAAGUUCUCGCCAGGAUCUUGAGAGGUCAUUAAUUCGUUCGUUGUAUCCGCCGCGAGCGUUACCUUCAACGCCGCACCGUAGUAAAUUGUUCGGUGAAAUUACGAGAAAGUGAUUAUUACCGAGGUGGGUUAAUGAUCCGACUGACGCCCGGAUCGUUGCACCAAAGAAGCGAAAGGCAAACAAGUUAUGUCAAUGACUGAAUAUCGAGUGAACGUACAAUCGCGAUGACGUCAGGAGCGACGAGAAGAAUCAUUUAUCCCUGUCACACGUUCAAGAGGACUCGCUUCAAGAUCAGCUAUCCGCUGAUCUUCGCUCUGAUCCUUUUCGCGCCCCUCUGCCGGGCCGGAAAUAACCCACCGAGGUUCCUCAGCGAUGGACAGACUGAGAUUGUAUUGCGAUUGAAGGAAGGAUCGAAUACACCGGUCGGUAGCUUGAUAUACAGGCUGCGUGCGAUCGAUCCGGAUGGCGAUGAACUCCUUUUCGGGGUUCGCGAACAGCCUGGCAGUGACGUAAUUAGGGUCGAAAGUGUAACUAGAAACGAGGCAAACGUAUACCUCAACAAGGAGCUGGACAGGGAGACCAAGGACGAGUAUCCGCUGGUCCUGACGCUGACGGACGGGAAUCUCGGAGACGGCAACUACAUCACUCAAAGCCUCUUGUUGCUCGUGGAAGACAUCAAUGACAAUGCCCCGAUCUUUCGUCCGCAUCCGACGACGCUCACCAUCCGCGAGGACUCCGGUCCGGGUCUCCUUACGACCGUAGAAGCGACCGACGCUGACGAAGGAGCCCACGGACAGGUCGUUUAUUAUCUCCAGGAGCUGGGCGGUGACAAUGACAUCUUCAGUAUAACUACCGUCAAUGGAAAAGGAGUGAUCAGGCUCGUCGGCCACCUGGAUUACGAACGAAAAUUUAUUUACCAAUUAAGAAUUCUCGCCGUAGACCGUGCCAUUAACGAAAAGGUGAACACAGGGACGUCGGCGAUCGUGGUCAACGUACAAGACGUCGAAGAUCAACCGCCGGAAUUCAUCGUUGUCCCUCCCGUAACCAGGAUCAGCGAAAACGUGCCAAUCGGUACCAGCGUUCUCCAGGUCAAAGCGAUCGACGGCGACAGAGGGAUAAACAACAAAGUUACCUACAGAAUAACCAAAGGCCCCAACCAGUUGCUGGACAUCGACGCGAGAACGGGAUUAGUUUUCACUCGGACGCAACUGGACAGGGAAGCGGACUACAACAGCGGCGGUGCUUUUAUCUUGGAGAUCACGGCAACGGAGGUCUCAAAGGGAGUCCCGACCCCGUCGGUUACCACAGAGGUCACCGUAAUCUUGACGGACAUCAACGACGAGACUCCGACGUUUCGCUCGCUUUGGUACAGGGCUGAGAUAAAUGAAAAUGCACCGCUCAACACACCCAUCACCAUACUGGGGGAUGCGAUCCCCGAAGUUUUUGAUCACGAUUUGGGAUCGAAUGGGACGUUCAAAAUGUUCAUCGAUGACGACGAAGGUAUAUUCGAGGUGACGCCGUCCCGCGGAAUAAACGAAGCGACUUUUCUGGUCCGGGUGAAGGACUCCUCGAAGCUGGAUUUUGAACGGAGAACCGCUAUGAACCUGACCCUGGUCGCCAAGGAGAUUCUGCCGACUGGAGCAAAGUACAGCAUGGCUCCGGUAACAGUCUUCAUCCGGGACCAGAACGACAACUAUCCCGAGUUCGUAAAUUCAACUUACGAAGUUUCGAUACCGGAAAACUGUGGCGUCGGAACUACCGUCGCGUGGGUUCAAGCACGCGACCAGGACAGUGGGAAUUUCGGGACCAAAGGUGUCCGGUACACGAACUUGGGAGGCAGCAUAGCCCACAUGCUUUCGAUGAAUCCCGUCACCGGUGUGAUUACGGUAAAGCAGACGGGUCCAAGUUUUGACCGGGAAUUGGUGUCGCGGCACUUCCUGACCGUGGAAGCUCGAGAUGACCUCGGAAGAGGGAACAGAAACAGCGCUCAGCUCAUCGUUAGUAUCGACGAUGUGAACGAUAAUCCGCCGAUGUUCUUGCAAAAUAAAUACGAAGCUGUACUUCUCGAGAAUGAAGACGAUUUCGAGUCGCCCCUCGUUGUCGAGGCCUUUGACAUCGACCUGAACGGGACCCGCAACAGCGAGAUUAUCUACGCGCUGGUGAGCGGGGAAUUCUCCGCGAAUUUCACGAUAGACCCCAAACAGGGGCUGAUCAAACCGGCGCACCCGAUGGAUUACGAAGCGCUCCCCAUCAGCCAGGGUCAUAAAGAAUCGGCGACGAGACCUCUUCGUCUGAUCGUCAGAGCCAGAGACAUGGGAAGACCCAGUCUCAGUUCCGACGCGCCCUUGACCGUCUAUCUCAAGGACGUGAACGACAACGCCCCGGCCUUUGAGAGCGUUCAUUACAAGAAAAAUAUUCCAGAAGAUGUACCGGGUGGAACUUCCGUCUUGCAGGUAAAAGCUUGGGAUAAAGAUCUUUCGGCCCCGAAUAAUAAAAUCGUUUACCGGAUACAAAGCGGCGCUGGGGAUAAGUUUGUCAUCGGUCCAGAAAGUGGCGUAGUCAGUGUCGCGCCCGGUUCCAACUUGGAUCCAGACUUGACGUCGCCUAAAACGACGCGGUACACUCUGGACGUGAUCGCGAUUGAUAGUGGCACAGAAAUUCAACGAACUGCCGGUGUACUCGUCAAUAUCACGAUUAUCGACGUCAAUAACAAGCCCCCGGUCUUCAUCGACCCGGGAGUCGUCAGCGUCAGAGAAAAUACCCAGGUCGGUGCAUACGUCCAUCGAAUCGUAGCGAAUGAUCCAGACAUCGCACCGGUCCUGCGCUACAGAGUCGAUCCGAAUUCUUCGGAAGCUAGAAACGAGGAGGGAACGUUGAUCAGAGUCCAGGAAUACGACUAUCUGGAAGCCUUUGAACUGAACGCGCUAGACGGACUCGUUAGAGUCGUACGAAUUCUAGAUAGGGAGCGGGUGGAAAUGAUCAGACUCGGCAUUAUCGUUGAAGAUCUCGCGUCGGUUAAAGGACUCCAAACAGCUUCGGCAACCUUGACGAUCAUAAUCGAGGACGAGAACGACAACAACCCGAAAUUCCGUCGACCUUUUUACCGCCGGUCUGUAACUGAAAACAGUAAAAACGGUGUGAAUAUAGCCAGCAUCGUGGCCGACGAUGCCGACAAAAAUAGAAGCAUCACCUACUCCAUGGAAGGACCCAAGGAAAUGAUGGAGCUGGUGCACCUCGACGCAGAAAUCGGGGAAAUGGUGGUGGCCAAUAAAAUUGAUCGAGAGAUGUAUUCCUGGUUGAAUCUGACCGUCAGAGCUACGGACUCUGGAAUUCCACCAAGAUCGAGUCUAGCCGAGGUCUACAUCCAAGUGCUGGACGAGAACGAUAAUAAUCCAUACUUCGUGACGGGAAUAAAUAAUUUAACGGUACCGGAAGACGCGCUACCGGGAACUGAGAUCGGCGUAAUCGAGGCGACGGAUCCGGACAGUGGGGACUUUGGAAAAAUUACUUAUUUGCUGGAUCGGAUGUCAUCUCAGGGAAAAUUCGCCAUCAAUCCCGAUACCGGUUCACUCACAGUGGCAGAUGUCCUGGACUGGGAGACUCGUAGUUCUUAUACUCUAGUGAUCGAGGCAUGGGAUAACUAUCAAUUCGGAUACACAGCUGGCGAAUCCAGGAACGCCUUCAGACAGAUCCAGGUCGAAGUACUCGACGUUAACGACAAUCCGCCGAGCAUUGAGAUACCCGGAAACUGCGCUAGUAUUUCUGAAUUCCAUGACGUCAGAGACGCGGUCACGAUUAUCAAGGGCAGGGACGCUGACGAUCCAACAACACCGAACGGUCGCAUCGUCUUCAAAAUUCUGUCAGGGAACGAGCUGGGAUUUUUCAAUCUGGAGCAGACAGAUUAUUGGACAGCAAGAGUAAUGGCACGUCGUACGCUGAAGGGACGUUACGGCAAUUACAGUAUCCGCUUGGAAGCCCGAGACCUCGGGAGUCCGGUGAACAGGGUCGAGGCGACUCUGCAAAUUUGCGUUUUAGACUACAACGAUAAUCCUCCGGUGUUCGUGACUCCUCAGCACAACACCACGAUCCGAGUUGCCGAGAACAUCACGGUGGGGAGCGUCAUCGUCUCGGUUGAAGCAACUGACAGCGAUAUGGGACCGAAUGGGGAGGUGCAUUACAGAUUGAAGCAGGAUCACGCUGGUCAUUGGCGGACUUUUUCGAUCGACGAUAAAACAGGCCUAGUCACCCUGAGGCUUCCCCUUGAUAGGGAAACGCAGAAGAUUUACGAGAUUCACGUGGAAGCCUACGAUCUGGGGAUACCCACACCGCUGAGUUCGGACUUGGACCUUAUAAUAUACGUGAGGAAUAUAAACGACUACGAGCCACAGUUCCUGAUUGACGUUUUCAGUGUGAAUUUUACCGAGGAAAUGCCUCCCGGCUCCGAAAGUAUUCUAUUACCGGAAACGGUUGACAGAGAUGAGGUAGACGAUCUCGACGAUCCUCCGACGCAAGUUUGUUACUUCAUCGUCGGCGGUAACGACGAAGAGAUCUUCGCGCUGAAUCACUUCUCCCACGAAUUAACGCCAGCCAAAAAACUGGACCGCGAAAUACAGGACGAGCACUUGCUUCUGAUAAAAGCAACGGAAGACUGCAACACUGUUCCCGGAAACGAGAGUUUCUUCGACGCGGCAGACGAUACUCUUUUGAAAGUGGUCGUCGGAGUUAGCGAUAUCAACGAUAACCCGCCGAGAUUCAUCAGUCGAAUUUUCACAGGGGGUGUAACAACGGAGGCCGAUUUUGGAACUCAAUUCAUGCAACUCAAGGCAAUCGAUCUCGAUGCUGGAGACAACGCGGCGGUCAGCUACUACCAGAUUGGCAAAAUCCAAAUGACGUUGUCCGAAGGUCUUGACGACGUGAAGAUUCAGCCGUUCCUGGUAGACAGACUGACCGGUGCGGUGAGUCUGAACUUCGACCCUCAGCGGGGGAUGAAGGGGUACUUUGAUUUCAUGGUGUUGGCCAACGACACCGACGGUCUCAAGGACACGGCGAAGGUUUUCAUCUACUUGCUGAGAGAGGACCAACGCGUUCGAUUCGUUCUCCGACAGCAUCCUCCGGAAGUUCGUCAAGGGAUAGAAACCUUCAGAGAGGUCCUGGGUAACGUGACUGGUGCCAUAGUCAACGUGGAUGACUACAAGACUCACGAGAAUCAGGAUGGAUCUGUAGACCGAACGAGAACGGAUCUUUACAUUCACCUGGUAGACCGUCGGGACAACUCGAUCCUCGAAGUUUCCGACGCGCUGGCUUUGGUGGACCGAAAUAUCGAGAAAUUAGACACGCUCUUCAAGGAAUUCAAUGUACUGGAUACCCAGCCAGCCCAAGCACAGGCCUCCGUUCAACUUGAACAGGCUGGGACCACUUUAUGGCUCUUGGCACUGACUUUGUUCUUGGGGGCACUGUUGAUUCUUUGCAUGGCGCUGUGUCUCUCGCAAAGGGCAUCUUUCAAGAGGCAGCUAAAAGCGGCGAAGGCCUCACCGUUCGGCAUUACCGAUUCCGAAUUCACUCGGGGUCCCGGGCGAGUUCCGAAUACGAAUAAGCACAGCAUGGAGGGCUCGAACCCGAUCUGGAUGCACGCGUACGAAAAUAAUUGGUACGAAAAAAACGAAGAAUCUUUGAGUCAUAUGACCGACAGAGAUUCUCUCGAUGAAAAUGCUCUGAACGACGAAGAAGCUAUGAACGAAUCGAAUCUUAAUAACGAUGGACAGCGCGCGAAUAAUAAAUCCUAUUACAUACAGCCCAGGAUUGCCUCUCUUGGAAGUAGCAGUAUCGACAGUGGGACCGAAGAGCAGAAUGAUUUGGGUCGAGAACCAGGUCAGUUUCGCGCGGAGAAUCCGGUGGUGAACAAUCCGCUGGGAAAGAAGUUAGAGACUACGGAACUAUAAUGGUUUUUACCGUGUUGUUCGUUCUCUGGAUUUUUUUUUUUUUUGCGAAAAAGACUAAUGCCAAAGUGCGUUGGUAUCGCGAAAUGUCAGGUUUUAAGAUUAUCGAUUAUAUUUAUUUACUUAGGGUAAGGUCACCAGUGUAAAUAUUUAAGAUUUUUAAUUAUUACCGAAUUGAAUAUUAUUUAUUAUUUAUUCCAACGACGUCAUCUAUAAAAUAUUAUACGAAUGUUUUGUUUAUUUACUUUUUUUACGCGAGGAUCGGAAGCCAGGAGAUAUUUUUUUUUUGUUUAUAAAAUUUGCGCGGAUGGCAAAAAAAAGAAACUUUUUUUUUCAAGGUAACCACUGUGAGACUUUUGUAACAUUACAUCGACUUUACGGUAGAUAGACUUUUUACGGAUAUCCGAUCUGUAGAUAUUAUAUCUUGUAAUUUGAUCAAUAAAAUAAUUCGAAUAA